AUGGGAGGACUGCUCUCCUUCCAGCUCCCAGAGGCCACCUCCCAGCCCAAUCCCUACAGUGUGGUUCAAUUCUCCCAGCUGCCGAAGGAUCUUCAAGAACAAGACAAGGUAGUGAGCCCCUUCCAGCCCCCAGGUUCGCUGGGCCAGGGAGGCCGGGUCUCCUCCAGGAAACAGUUCAAGCAGGAAAAGACGAAGCCAGCCUCCUGCAAGUGCCCGGGGACGCAGAGACCCCAGCCAUCCCUUCUCCUGUCCUGCGGGCCUGAGGCCCAGCUCCGCCCGAACAUCCUCACCAAGGACCUCCGGGAGACCUUCGCUUACCAAAACAAGCUGGCAGCACAGACCGCCAGAAAGCGGGAGCCAGGCCCGUGGAAAGGCCGCAGGUGGACCAGCGGGACAGUCCGGGGCCAGCAGAGUCGGGGGGCUGAUGCGAUUCCCUCCAGAGGGCGCGGAGCCGCGGGUCCCGCGCUGCUGAACUUGGAGGCAAAGUCGGAAGAGGAGGAUUCAGGAACUGACUCGGCAGAGCUCUCCUCCAGCUCCUGGGAGGACCUCAAGGAGGACUUCACCAAGGCCCCCAGAGGGCAGCAGGCGCUGGACCGAAAAGCCCACCCAUUCCUGAGGCCCACAUUCCAGGACCCUGAGGUCUUCGGGAAAACGUGGCUGCGCCCAGGCGCCCCACGGGGCCAGUCCGAGAGCUUGGGCUUGCCCUACAAGGUGCAGAGGCUGCACAUGCUGCAACAUGGGCACCACGUCCUCGCCACGGCCGUGAACAGCCUCACGCGCCACGUGUUCACCUGCGGCCCGGGCGGCCUCAAGGUGUGGAGGCUGGGCGGCCGGGAGGCCCAGGACACCUUCCCCCAGAGCCACCUGCAUUGGCCCAUCCAGACCCCGGGCGCCUUCCUGUCCACCUGCAUGCUGGCCCCCAACGGCAAGAUGCUCUUCGCCGGCGGCCACGGCCUGUCGGGCGUGAAUGUCUGGGACCUGCUGGCGCCGGACUUGCACAACCCAAGCCAGCUGUCCUGCGAGGGGCUCUCCUGCCAGGCCCUGGACGCCGACCUCAAAGGCAGCCUGGCCUUCGCCGGCUUCAGCAACGGCACCGUCAGGAUCUGGGAUGUCCGGGAUCGGAACGUGGUCAAAGACCUUCCUGGCCGGCAGGGUGAGGCCAACAGCGCGGUGAUUAAAGACGACACAGUCUGGACAGGGGGCCUGAACGGCUGUCUGCAGUGCUGGGACCUCAGGGCAGCUCGCAAGUCCCAGAAGCAUCUCUUCAAGUCUCAGAUCACGAGCCUGUCGCACAGCCUCUGGGAGGACUGGCUGCUCGUGGGCCUGGCCAGCGGGCAGCACUGGCUGCAGUCCACCCUCAGGGGCCAGGCGCACGCGGCGGGGCACAAGAACGGCGCCGUCCUGGGGCUCAAGUUCUCCCCGUACGGUCAGUGGUGGGUAAGCGUCGGCACGGACAAGCUGACCACCAUUCACAGCAUGCCCGCGGGGUACACGGAGUUCCAGCUGCUGGAGAAAUCCUGCACCACCUGCUGCGAUGUAUCCGCCAGCAACAAGCUGAUCGUCACGGGCUGCCAGGCCUGGGCCUCUGUGUACCAGCUCUCCUACUGAGGCCUCCCGCUGUCACCGGUGCGGUGCGGGCUCCCUGCAGUGUGCGGCCGGGGGCCUGGGGACCAGGGUGUGUCCCACGAAAUAAAGCAAAAGGGAAAGAGCA